AGUUACCAAGUAUAAUGGAUAACAGAGAAGUGAAGAAACUCGUAAAGGAAUCACUGAAGAACUGCCCCAUUGGCAAGGAACCAAAGGAUAUUCAGAAUGCAAAAGAUUUCUAUAAAUAUAUGUUCACAAAGCACCCAGAUCUCCGCAAAUAUUUCAAAGGAGCAGAAAAUUUCGAUGCCGAAGCUGUACAAAAGAGUGAAAGAUUUGAUAAGCAAGGGCAACGCAUUAUACUCGCCAUGUACGUCUGCGCUGACACCUACGACGAUGAAGCAGCAUUCCGUGCAUAUGCGCGCGAGACUGUCAACAGACACCGCCAAUUCAAACUGGAUCCUGCCUUGUGGGAAGCAUUUUGGACGGUCUUCGCGAAUUUCCUAGAGACUAAGGGAGAACUCACAGAAGAGCAAAGGAAGGCUUGGUUACAACUCGGUGAAACUUUCAAUGAUGAAUGCCAAUCCCAUCUGAAAGCUUUAGGACUUCCACACAACUGAGUGAAGAGCUAUAAAAAUUUUAAUGUGAUACUCAUCCCAUGUAUGCUGUCAUUAUGUCAUUUUUUACCAGUGCAAGAAUAAAAACAUUUCCG